AUGGCGUCUGCAGACCUGAGGGAAGAGCUGAGCUGCUCCAUCUGUCUGAAUGUUUAUACCGAUCCCGUGAACCUGAGAUGUGGACACAACUUCUGCCGCGAGUGCAUCACCCUGGUGCUGGACAAACAGCGAGGAUCCGGAGCUUAUAGCUGCCCCAACUGCAGAGCAACGUCCAAGAAGCGUCCUCAGCUUCAGAAGAACAUCGCUCUGAGCAACAUUACGAGAAGUCUAAAAUCCAACCGGAUAAAAGAGGUGGUGUCCGGGGUCAUGUGCACCUACUGCGUUCACUCUCAGGUACCUGCUGUGAAGUCCUGCCUGCUGUGUGAGGCUUCUCUGUGUGACGACCACUUGAGGGUUCACAGUAAGGCAGCAGAACACGUCCUGUCUGAGCCCACCGCUAACCCGGAGAGCAGAAAAUGCUCAAUCCACAAGAAGAUCCUGGAGUAUUACUGCUCCGAAGACUCUACCUGCGUCUGUGUGUCCUGCUGUCUGGUGGGAGAACACAAGGGACACCAGGUGGAGACACUGGAUGAAGCCUUCAAAAAGAAGAAGGAGAAAAUGAAGGAAGUCUUGGAGGAGAUGAACUCAAAAAUAAAAGAAGCUGACGAAAGGAUCCCGACCCUCCAAGAACAUGCCAGACGAGUGACGGUCGACGCAGCAGCUAUAACGGAGAGAGUCAACCUUCUGUUCACUGACGUCAAGAAACGCAUUGAAGUUGUACAACGGAAUGUCCUAGAAAACAUUUUAUUAGGGGUAAAAUUUGCGCAGAUUGAAGUAUCUGAUCUGCAAAGGAAGAGGGAUGAGCUAUUUUGGAAGACCUGUUUAUCUAAGAAGGUAAGUGGUAUGUCUGAUCCCUUAGCUGCCCUACUAGAGCUCCGUGGUGAUUACAUCUUCCAUACAGAUCACGACGACAUCCAGAAAUAUAAUGUUCCAGAUCUUAAUGUGCCCCAGAUCUCAGAGUAUGUUCAGACCCGUAUACAUGAUACCAUCAAAAACAUCAACGUGAGGCUCUUCCUGAUGGAUCCUGUAGACUUACUGCUGGACAUGGACACAAGUGCCCCCAACGUACGAGUAUCAGAAGAUCUGAGGACUGUGUCUUGGUCAGAGACCUUCCAGAACCUCCCAGAAACACCAGAGAGAUUUGAGAAAUAUCAGAUACUGAGCACUAUGAGUUUCUCCUCAGGGCAACAUUAUUGGGAGGUAGAGACCAGUAAGAAUGGAGCCUGGAGAAUUGGGGUGUGUUACCCCAGUAUAGAGAGGAAAGGGGCGGACUGCAUCAUUGGAGACAACAAGAAGUCCUGGUCUUUGUCUUUGAUAGUUCGUCAUGCUGUAGUCCACGACCAUCAAGCAGAGAAGUUAUACAUAAGAGUUCAAAGCCACAAAUAUGGAAUCUAUCUGGACUAUGAAGCUGGGCAGCUGUCCUUUUAUGAGCUUGGUGACCCCAUCCAACAUAUCCACACCUUCACAGCCACCUUUACUGAGCCGCUAUAUCCAGCUUUCUAUGUCUCAGCUUGCCGUGCCUUAGAUUUUCCCUUUUUUUUUCUCCCUGGUACCGGUGAGACCAAUGAUGUCUGGAUCAAAAUUGGAAAAAGAGAGAAGCCCAUGUAACCAGGCCACAAGGGGGCACUAUGAAGCUACCAUAAAAGACGCUCCUCACUGAGCACUGGGUCCCAUCCUGGUGAUUGCAAGGUGUUCCAGCGCUUGGACCCCCUGCGAUCGGCUCAGACUCCCUUCGAUCAGCUGGGACCCCCUGCGAUCGGCUUGGACCCCUUGCGAUCAGAUCGGACCCCCUGCGAACGGCUCGGACCACCUGCAAUCAGCUCGGACCCCCUGCGAUUGGCUCGGACCCCCUGCGAUUGGCUCGGACCCCCUGCGAUUGGCUCGGACCCCCUGCGAUCAGAUCGGACCCCCUGCGAUCGGUUCGGACCCCCUGCGAUCGUCUCGGACCCCCUGCGAUCGGCUUGGACCCCUUGCGAUCAGAUCGUACCCCCUGCAAACGGCUCGGACCCCCUGCGAUCGGCUCGGACCCCCUGCGAUCAGAUCGGACCCCCUGCGAUCGGCUCGGACCCCCUGUGAUCGGCUUGGAACCCUUGCGAUCGGAUUGGACCCCCUGCGAUCGGCUCCGACCCCCUGCGAUCGGCUCGGACCCCAGCAAUCAGCUCAGACCCCAGCAAUCAGCUCGGACCCCCUGUGAUUGGCUCAGACCCCCUGUGAUUGGCUCAGACCCCCUGUGAUCGGCUCAGACCCCCUGCGAUCGGCUCGGAUCCUCUGUGAUCAGCUCGGACCCCUUGCGAUCGGCUCGGACUCCCUGCGAUCGGCUUGGACCCCUUGCGAUCGGCUCGGACCCCCUGCGAGCCGAUCGCAAGUUACGGCUACUACCUGCGGAUAGGGGAUAUGUUUAUUUUAUAAACCUACAAUUCUGGCCAUACACCAGCUUAACUACACAAGUGCCAGAAAUCAAAACUAACUACUAACCUACAACUAGCACAAAAUAAGUAUAGAAAUCAGAUGAAUAUCAAAAAAAUGCUAAACUUUAUUAUAGAUUAAUUUCAAAUACAGGAAAAAUGCUAAACUUUAUUAUAGAUUAAUUAGAAAUGUAAAACUUUAUUAUAGAUUAAUUAAUAUUCCUGUAUUUGUAAUUAAUCUAUAAUAAAGUUUUGCAUUUUUUUGAUAUUCAUCUGAUUUCUAUACUUAUUUUGUGCUAGUUGUAGGUUAGUAUAUGUUUAUUUUUGCUGGAUUUUUCCUGUAAUGACUUCAGUGCCGGUUCUGACCCCUACGGUAGCUAUAGUCUCUAUAGUUUGGGGGGGGGGGUGCACCAUUGAUUUGGCGAAUAGAAUAUAUAUAAUCUGUAAAUAAAACUUAAUUUUAGAUGUGGGCAUUUAUAGUGAUACUAUACACAGUACAAUUCCUUUAAUCCGCCAUCUUUAGGAUCUGAUGAGAUGGAGGAAUUUCUUUUUUUUUUGGCACCUGAUCGCAAUAAUUCAAUAUCAUAUUCCCGUGUCAUAUUAUCAG